UUUUUUUAUAAUUUCUUCAAGUUUUUCAACAAUCUUUUCUUUGGACUAAUAUGUUUUGCUUUAAUGUCAAUUCCACUUCGAGUAUUUGAAUUUUCUGUUCAUGAUAAAUUUUGUUCUUUAUCUAAUGUUGAAUAUAAUGAUUUGAGGAUUAAAAAUUAUUUUAAUUCUGAGGAAGCUUUGUCUAGAGAAAUUGUGCUGCCUGGGAAUUUGACAAAAUUGGAAUGGUGUAAUCAAAGGUUUUUUGUUUUAAUUUUUUGA